AUGUCUAAGGAGAAGAAGAAGGAACUUGGGUCCUCAGCUACUCAACCCGCUAAAGAUGAAGCUUACCUACUCAACCGACCUGGGGAACCAGAAUUCAAAAUGUCUUUGACACCGAAUAAAGUGACGUUUUUAUGUACGGCAGAGAAGAAACCGGUGUGGAGCGAUGUGCGAGUCACUAACACUACUAAGGACAAACACAGCUAUAAGGUUAAAUGCACGUCUGCCGACAUUUUCCGUGUUCAGCCUCCGUUAGGAUUUAUUAAACCUGGUGAGACUGGAACGAUACGAAUGUGGUUUCAGGUAUUGGACGAUGUUAAUGAUAACAAAGAAAUCCCAACGUCAUGCGUCAUUACCUUUGCUUAUUGUAACCAGACGGUCAAAUGUGCUGAGGGAAAAACAGUGAAGGAGAUUUGGACAAAAAACGUUAAGCCAGAUGGAGUAAAGCGAAUUGCUGCAGUAUUUGAAAAGAUCACCGACAAGAAGUAA